GAUGGCCUAGGGUUUUUCCUAAUUGAUAAAUAAGCAAGCAGAAGAAACAAAACCUUUGCUUUGUGCAGUCACUUUUGUGCUUACCGUUUCCCAGUCUCUGCUUCCUGCAACAGGUUCUUGCUGUUUAGCUUCCUUCAACACCAAUGUCGCUAACACAGAAUCUCUCUACCUCUAUCUCCGCUUCUUCCUCUGCUUUUUUAGCCUCUUCAAGCUUCAACUAUAGGAACCGGGAUGUUUCGCUUCCCUCAAAAAAUUUUGGGAUUUGUAGAUGUGUAGCAAUUCUUCAAGAAGAGAAGACCACCUACAAGACAAAGGUGUCUCGCAAUGAAAACAUGGCCAAGCUUCAAGCUGGAUACCUAUUUCCAGAGAUUGCUCGUAGAAGGAAUGCCCACUUGCAGAGAUACCCUGACUCAAAAGUGAUUAGCCUUGGAAUUGGUGACACCACUGAGCCCAUUCCAGAAGUCAUAACUUCUGCAAUAUCUAAGAGAUCAGAAGCAUUGUCCACUCUUGAGGGUUAUAGUGGUUAUGGAGCUGAACAGGGUGAAAAACCAUUGAGAGCUGCAAUUGCUUCAACAUUUUAUGGAGACCUUGGCAUUCAGGAAGAUGAUAUAUUUGUCUCUGAUGGUGCAAAAUGUGACAUAUCCCGCCUGCAGAUUCUUUUUGGAUCUAAUGUCACAAUGGCGGUGCAAGAUCCAUCAUAUCCGGCUUAUGUAGACUCGAGCGUCAUUAUGGGCCAGACUGGACUGUAUCAAAAGGAUGCUGAGAAAUAUGCAAACAUAGAAUACAUGAGGUGUAGUCCAGAGAAUGGUUUCUUUCCCGAUUUGUCUAAGGUCUCUCGAACAGAUAUCAUUUUUUUCUGUUCACCAAACAAUCCUACUGGUUCUGUUGCAACAAGAGAGCAACUGGUGCAAUUAGUACAGUUUGCCAAGGACAAUGGUUCAAUCAUUGUCUAUGAUUCAGCAUAUGCCAUGUAUAUAUCUGAUGAUAAGCCACGGUCUAUAUUUGAAAUUCCUGGAGCCAAGGAGGUUGCAAUUGAGACUGCAUCAUUUAGCAAGUAUGCUGGGUUUACUGGAGUCCGUCUGGGAUGGACUGUGGUUCCAAAAGAGCUUCUCUUUUCAGAUGGCUUCCCUGUUGCCAAGGACUUCAACCGUAUUGUUUGUACUUGCUUUAACGGUGCAUCCAAUGUUGUCCAAGCUGGUGGUCUGGCUUGCCUUUCUCCAGAAGGCCGCAAUGCGAUGCAAAAGGUGGUUGGAUUCUAUAAAGAAAAUGCUGAUAUUAUAAUGGAUACAUUUAAUUCGCUUGGUUUUAAUGUGUACGGUGGGGUGAAUGCACCAUAUGUGUGGGUCCACUUCCCUGGCCGGAGUUCAUGGGAUGUCUUCAGUGAGAUUCUAGAGAAGACUCAUGUGGUUACCACACCUGGCAGCGGAUUCGGACCUGGUGGUGAAGGUUUUAUCAGGGUUAGUGCUUUUGGUCACAGGGAAAAUAUUUUAGAAGCCUGCAGAAGGUUCAAGCAGCUUUACAAGUAAACUAGAUAACUCUUUGUAUCUGUAGUGUCUGGCUAAAAGAUCAACAUUGCUGUAUUCACCCCUUAUGUUGUUUUGUUAUUUAUAAUUAUCAUUUCAAGCAAUAAAAUGCAAAACAUAUAACAAUUAGAAAAGACUAUUCUCAGUUUUUUGUUCUA